CUGUGGUGUUAUUUUCAGUGCAUUGAUUAGGUUAAAUAAUUUAUAUUAUAAUUUGCCGCGUUCAGUGAUUAGUAAAGAUCACCAAUAGACCUAACCAAGCAGGGAUAUGUGUUCCACAAGAAAUACGGAGAAGAGGCGUGUAAUCGGCUUAAAUUUUAAUGAUCCGUGCUCAAAUAUCCGCACCUGCGCCGAAAUAAAUGCGUUGCAGAAAUGCGUGCGCCCGGCUGUCUGCCUGCAAACGCGCACAGUGCGAUCCCUUUUUGCAGGCGGUCCUAGAGUUUCCCUCAGAACAGCGGCACCUACUCAAACUAAACCAGGCUAAUAAGAUUCAAAGUGGGAGGGAACAGGAGCGGAGAUCCGCCAAACAGGAACACGCACCGGAGAGCCGAGCCCGGAGUCAUGCGAGGAUCGCCACGGACGCUGACGGACGAGUGAGUCCGAGCCGGAAAGACGAGGAAGUGCGCGGAGCAUGGAGUUGGUAUGAACUCACCUUUCCAGUUAUGACAGGUGUCCGCCGACAGGAAGAAGGAGGACGCACGCAAGCUUAAAGGAAUCAUCGGAAUGUCGGGGGGACACUAAUCAUGUGCCUUGGCACCGCAACGGUGCCCCUUCAGUGUGAUACGCUGUUGUGCUUUUUUCCCCAAGGAAGAACUUGAAGGCGGACAGGUAGGAGCGCUUUUCCCAGCCGAUACGUUCGCUUGCGAUUAUCCCGCCCCCCUCUCCCCUCCAGUGACAAAUAACCAUGGAUAAUCACAGGCAAGAUAAAGCGAAGAAAGCGAUGAAAACCAAAACGAUGAGCCGCAAAGAAAAGAAUCAGAAAUCCGGCAAGGUUUUCCGGAGGAAAUCAUUAAAGUCGAUGGGAAAUUUCAUGAACAGGAUUCUGAGAACUUUAGGCACUCUGGCGCACUUAGGGGACAUGGAUCCAGCGGAGGCAGAGGAUGAUGAUGGCGGCUUUGGGAAUAGCGCACCUUGCACCUUUAGUGCAAACUCAGGAAAUCUUAAAGAUGAAAUUCAGGAGAACACGAUUAAAAAAAGCGUAACGCUGUCUUCCCACGGAUCUAUAAAAGAGAGACUGUCUUGGUGCUACGGGGAUAAAACUCCGGGAGUUCUGGGUUUAAAAAAUCAUGGCAACACCUGUUUCAUGAAUGCCGUGGUCCAGUGCCUGAGCAAUACUGACCUGCUUGCCGAGUAUCUCGGUCUCGAGCAGUAUAAAUCCGAUUUCAACCCGAGGGGAUUUAAUGGGAUUGUAAAAAGUCAGGACUCUCCGCAGGAUAGGGGUGAAGUGACUGAACAGUUGGCAUCUUUGAUCAGGGCGCUUUGGACACUCGAAUAUACUCCGCAACUGUCAGUCGAAUUCAAGAGCAUCGUGUCCAAGUAUGGCUCCCAGUUCCGGGGGAAUUCCCAGCAUGACGCCUUGGAGUUUCUGCUGUGGCUCCUGGACAGGAUGCACGAGGAUGUCAGCUCCACCGUCAACAGUCAGAGCAGCAAGACCAAAGCUUCUGGGAAGGAUCCGGCUGGAGCGGAAGGACCCCCCAGCAUGGGGCCGGCGGCCGCGCCGCAGAAUGGGGGCCACAGCUUCGUCCAGGACCACUUCCAGGCGCAGUACAGGUCCUCCCUGACCUGCCCACAUUGCCUUAAACAGAGCAACACCUUCGAUCCCUUCCUCUGCAUCUCCCUGCCCAUCCCGCUGCGUCAGACCAGGCCUCUGUAUGUCACUCUCGUCUUCAACACCAAAAGCCAGAGGUAUGUCCGCAUCGGGCUGGCGGUGCCGUUGUUUGGCACAGUGGCUCUGCUGCGAGGGAUGGUGGCUGAGGAGGGCAAGCUUCCGGCGGAUCAGGUGAUCCUGUCGGAGGUCUAUACCACCGGAUUCCAGCGCUCCUUCUUGGACGAGGACGACCUGACCGCCAUCACGGAGAGCGACGUCAUCUAUGCCUUCCAGGCUCCGCCCCUCUAUGGGAGGGGGGGCUCCAUGCGAAUCUCAGGGUACCACCACAGCCUCCCUUCUUCACCCUAUUUCUCCGGGCCCGAAGGUCAAAGGUUAUCCCCACCUGGGACCCUGUCCUCUGAGUUCCUGAAUCACAGCAGCUCUGGGAAGGUCCUCCUGCUGGUCUGCAAUGUCGCAGGAUCCGGACAACAAGCUAUCAGGUUCGGACCCCCAUUUCUCAUGCGAGAAGACCGGACCAUGUCCUGGGACCAGCUACAGCAGAGCAUCCUCAGCAAGAUGUACUACCUGAUGAUGGACAGGGCGCAGACGCAGAACACUGAGCGAGUGCUGUUUAAGAUCCGCGUGGUGGGGGGAUCAGCGUCCUACAGCUACCUGUCUCCCCAGGAUGGACGGCCAUUGUGCCACCCUGCCGUGGACAGAGCCCUGAAAUUCUGCACCACGGGAGGGUCUCCCCAUGUGAAGCUCCUUGUCGAGUGGGACCACAAGGUCAAAGAAUGCCUGUUCGGCAACAUCCGGGAGGAGGUGGUGAAGGACGCCGAGAGCGUACGCAGCCAGCAGCAGCAGCACCUCCAGCAGCACAACUGCACGCUGGAUGAGUGCUUCCAGCUCUACACCAAAGAGGAGCAGCUGGCCCCCGACGACGCCUGGAAGUGCCCUCACUGCAGGCAGCUGCAGCAGGGCAUGGUGAAGAUGAGCUUGUGGACGCUGCCUGACAUCCUCAUCCUGCACCUGAAGCGCUUCCGGCAGGUGGGCGAACGCCGCAACAAGCUCAGCACGCUGGUGCGCUUCCCGCUGGCCGGCCUCGACAUGGCGCCCAACGUGGUGAAGCGCAGCCAGAGCAUGCGCAGCCAGAGCAUGCGCAGCCUGGGCCCCUGGCCAUCUUCCUGGAAGCAGCCGCCCGACGGUGGGCCCCCUGCCGACUUCCUGUACGACCUGUACGCCGUGUGCAACCACCACGGCGGCAUGCAUGGCGGCCACUACACAGCAUACUGCAGGAACUCUGUGGAUGGACAGUGGUAUGGCUAUGAUGACAGCAGCGUGGAUCUGAUCCCAGAGGAAGAGAUCUGCACACGUGGGGCCUACAUCCUCUUCUACCAGAGACGCAAUGCCAUCCCACCCUGGUCUGCCAGCAGCUCGCUCCGGGGCUCCACCAGCUCCUCAGUCUCUGACCACUGGCUCAUCCGGCUGACGGGCGACAGCAAGCGGGGCAGUCUGGUCUCCAGAGCCUCCACCACCUGCCCCUCCUCUGUGCCUGACCCACUGGAGUCACCCGUCUUUCAAGAGGAGGAUGUGGGCCCCCCAAGCGGCCCCGAGUCCCGGCCCUUCAUGCGAAGCCUUCCGGGCCGCAGCAUGAGCAUGCGCAACCCCAGCAAGACCAGAGAGGGCCUGAGCAAGGUGCUGCCCCUGCGCUGGUCGUUUGGCUCCAAAGACCGGCAGAAGCGGGCCCCCGGGGAGCUGGUGGAGUACCUGGAGUCAGGCCGGCGGCCGCGCUGCACCAAGGACUCUAUCGUCAAUCUGAUGGCCACUACACCCGACAAAGAGCCACCCGAUUCGCCUGGCUCUGGCAGGGUCAGCUGCCUUGGCCGGCUCUCCAUCGAGCACCACGACACUCUCAGGGUGCCCGAGGGCCAGAGUCGGCCAGCUGCCGACGGCUCCGGGGUUCAGAGGCGGGGCAGCAAGCCUAAGGACGACGGCACGCUGAGUGGGAGGACCUCCAGGAAGGCCAGGCCGGAGCAGGGCAGGCCACCUGACCCCCAAUCCCGGAAGAGCUCCGGUGCAGGAUUGCCAGCUAGCUCUGGGUCCGGUGCUGCCCCUGGCUGGGAGGCCACAGUGAAAAGAGGAAAAGGCCAUGUGGAUGCUGUCCCAGGGGGCCAGGGGAGUCCAGCAGGGCAGGCCCAGGAAAACAAGGCAAAGAGAGCUGGGGAGUCUGGCAGCCAUGAUGGUCUGUUGGCCUUCCUCAAGUCGAGUUUCAUGAAGAAGGACUCGCAGAGGAAGGCGCGGCAGGCCGAGGCAGCCCCGAGGAGUUCGUCUCGAGUGUCUCUGUCCAAUGGGGCGCCUGGUGCAGCCCUGGAUGGGAAGCCAAAUGGCGCCCCUGGUGGCAGCGUCGGGCGACGCAGUGAGGAGAUGGCCAACGGCAAGCCGGGCUACAGCAGCUCCGCCACCAGCAUCAAGCGCUCCCAGAGCUCUUCCAGCAUCCAUGGCCGGCCGGACCCUGCCCUGCGCCGCUCCACGUCCCUACACAGGAACGGCAUGCCGGGGGCGCCCCCCCCACGGAGCCUUACCGCCGAGAAGCCCGGCUUCGCCACCCUGCAGCGGACACGCUACAGCACCAACUCUCUAGGCAGGAAGCGCACGGUGCCCGAGUCCAGCUUCUGAAAGGUCUCCCACCCCCCACCAGCACUGCGACCACAGAAUACUGUUCAGGGCGCCGUUUAAGCCGAUUACCACAAGGGGGCGUCUAGCUGUGCGUGGGUGCCAGGACUAUCCCUGAGAAGCCGAUAUUGUGAGUGGAUGAGUGUUCUUUUUACUGCUACAGUUUUGAUAAUUAACAGUAAGUGCCUGUCGCCCCAACACGGUUCACAUCAUUGACCUCGUGUGCAGUGGCUAAACGCUGAAUCUGCAUGUUUGACUGUGACACGUUCCAGGGACACAACCAUGUCUGAAGCAGAGGGGAACACCUUCCGUACGCUGUUCUCUGUCAAUUAUUUUCCCCUUUAAAACAAAUUUAGGAUGAUUUGAAGGAUCCGAGGAUAGAAAUUUUAACUUUAUUUUGCUUUUAAAAAGGGGGAAACGAUUGCCAUACUAUUUAUAAUAUUUUAUAAUACACUGAGCAAAUCACCAACAUCAUGUACAUACAUAAACAUAGAAUAAAAAUAUAUAUCAGAUUUAUUUAUUUAACCACUUCUUUACAGUAGAGACUAUUAAUUAAUAAAUGAUUGUGCUUGCACUGUAAACUUGCUGCUAGAAUCUCACUUUUAACAUCCCAGAUAAUACAUGGAAAUUACUUAUUUUUGCACUUUCUAUGUAGCACCAAAUAUUUGCUUUCUGUGCAUUUAACCGCAUUAUUCAAGAAGCCUAAUUAAAUUAACCCGCUUUAAAUCCCCAGAAAGGAACAUCUCUGCCUACCAUGUAAUUGCAUAAUUAACAACACUGAAACAAAUUGGUUAACUGUUUAAAAAAAAAAAAUCUUUAACGUCAGGAACGCCAGAGGUCAGGAAGUGGCUGCGAAGCAGAAUGUGUUUAACGAUAUAAAAAUAUAAAUCUUGCAAAUCUGUUUUCAUGGUUGAUUUGUCAGGUUACAGGUGUAGGUGGUGUUCCUGUACUCAGAGAAGAUGAAAAUCAGUCAUUUAAUCAGUACUACUUUUACUAAUCGCUAGCGGUAAGAAUCCGCUCCUGAGGGUUAACUCUCACCACAAGGGGGCGUGCUCUUAAAUGAAAAUGGGCAUCUGUAAUGUUUUACAGGGCUUUAAACAUUUGCCGUAUUCAUCUAAAAGAGUGGAAGAAAGCUGUCCCCUUGUGAGUCCGCCGUGAUAAUCCAGUUUACUCAUGAAGUAGCAGCUGAUAUGACCCAGUUUUCAGCACGAGGGAGGAAUUAGUGAACUGUAGACUGAUCCGCUUGUCUAAGGUCUUCACUGUCCCACUUGCUGUUCUUCUCCCCAAACACAAAAAGACUGAUUCAACAAACAUGCAGUACAAUUUCUGUCUGCGCAAUUAAUGGAGACACAGUACUGUAUCUUGCUAAAGGACUGCACUGGUCAUAGUAGUUUCUGUACCUGCUAUUAAUAGAGGCAAUAAGGUUAAAUGAAUGACACUGUUUUGACUCGUAUGUUUAUCAGCGCUUGUAUUACUGUAAUGUGGGUGUGAAGUAUGGAUCCAUUUUUAAUUUUAAUUUUUACUCACAAGAGCAAAAUUCUGCAGCACCACUAAUUUUCAGAAUCCGUGCAUGGGUUCUCCAGCUAUUGUGAUUUGAAACAGCAUUGUGCCAUGACACCGUGCGUUGCCCACAUCCAAUUGGCCAGUGGCAGAAUCCUCUCUUACCUCAUUGGUGUUUGUCUGCAAACACAUGACAGCAAAAUUCCACCUUUACUCAACCAAUAUUCCAUGCGUUGGUUCAUGACUUAACAAGGUAUUGACAAGAUGCUGUAAGAGAACAUCAUUCAAACAGCACAAUUAACAUUGGAUCAGGGGACUUGGUGCUUUAAAUUUUUGUUACUCUAUUUUAAUACUGUUAACUGUUAUAAUUGCGAUGCUUAAGAUUUUUUUCCCCUGGAAGCUCAUUUAUUUGAAUUUUUAAGUGUUUUCUUUUUUUAAAAUAAUAGAAGUGGUUUUAAAUCAGGUCAUCAUCCCACCUCGUCACCUAAUCUGUCCUUGGUCCAUCAUAAGCUCUGACGGAUAUGUUUAAACUCGCCUUUAUCAGGUCACACACACAUUUUACAUAUACUUUGUUUUGUUUACUUCUUCUCACUGUUUACUGUGUGCUGUGGGAUUUAGAUGACAUAAAGAAAUGAUAAACCAGAGCAAGACGUGAUGUCUGUAUUAUUUAACCUCUCUGUUCCUGAACCAUCCGCAUUCAUACAGUACGUGUCGAUCACCCACCACAAAUGUUUACCAAAAUGAGCACUUGUUACAAGGAUGUGAACAAAGGACAUUUCACAGUUCUUUUGUGAAACCUCUGUUGAAGAUGUUUUAUAUGCAAUUUUUUGUAAAAGUCUACAUUUUAUAACUGCUUUGUAAAUAUUUAAAGGUAAAUGUGAAGAAUUGUAUCCUGGUAGCAGACUGUCCAGUCACAUGGGCUCAGUUUAGUUGUAAAGCACAAAUAGAGGACAUUAAAUCGAACCUUCCUUGCAAAAUGGGUACAAAAUGGUACGUAAGAGGUUUGUAUCUGCCGAAGAUGUCUGCUCUACAUAAUUUACAGUUUUAUUUUUUAAUACGGUAAAUAAAACACAUUGUUUAUCACAAA